AUGGCCAUCUCCAUUGCCGACAGUUCCUGUAGCCCGACGAGGUCGCUCGGUCUGUUGUUGGACCCGGAGAAGGUUGACCUUCCCCGUCCCAAGCAGAGCAUGUGGCAUCGCCUGGGCCUUCGCAGGUGGCUGGGCCGCGAUGAUCGAGAUUUCUCCUCACAUUCCCCCGCUGGCGACGCUGCCCCCACCGCAAAUAAACCCAAUUCUCCAGCCGCCCACAAUGAGCAUAAUGGUAAUCACAACAGUAACAACAACCAUAACCCACCCCCCAGCGGCAAGAAUAACAACAAACCGCACCACAGCCACAACAAACCCCACGACAAUCUCAAGCGUCGCCUGUCCAGAAAGAAUUCCGAGCGGCGAGACAAUCUAUCGCCCCUAGAACCCGAGCCCCGUCGUGCAGUGUCCGCCGACCGUCGUCGCGCCGUGAGCUCCCACCGGUCCAGAUCCCCACCGCCCACCGUGGACCCCAGACUGUCCGCUCCCGAGGUUCAGUGGCGCGAAGACCCGAGCGAGACCACGGUCGAGCGACUGCCUGAAGCGAAUGAGGACAGCGACUUUCUCUCGGAAUGGAACCCCUGUCCUGACGUGGCGGAAGCUCCCGAGGAGCUACCGGACGAUACGCUCGAGAUGGAACUGGAAAAGCGUUGGAUUUUGAACCUGAGCAUGCAUUUUCGGGAUCGCUCGGAGCGAGAAAAGUUUUUCGUCACAUAUGCUGAGACUCCAACUCGGUGGCGGAGAGUCACUAUAUCUUGCGAUUACCGUGGUGCGCCCCCGGAUUCCUUGGAACAAGACCUGAGGGAAUUGCGAUAUCAGCGAGACAAGUGUGCCCGAAUCUACGAGUCGAUCCGCGAGUCGCUGUCGGAGAUUCAAUUUUACGACACAGUCACGAAUCUGAAACUAGAAACUCGAGACGGCCGCCUGCAUGUGCACGUUACGGAGGAUGUCAACGAAAUCAUUCCCUAUCCGCCGGUUUCUUGCAUCGGACAUUUGCCACAAGCACGACUGGUCCCAGAGAACCAGCUUCAUUUCGAUGCGCAUCUAUCCGGCUUCGUCUACAACGUCCAGCUGGAUGGCAAGGCAUACAUCAAGAAAGAGAUUCCUGGACCCGAUACAGUAGACGAGUUUCUGUAUGAGAUCAACGCGCUUCAUGCCUUACAGGGCACCCCUUAUGUUGUUAGAGUAGAGGGGAUCGUGGUCGAUGACUUGCAGCAGGUGGUCAAGGGGCUCCUCAUAAGCUUUGCAGAGAAGGGAGCGUUGGUCGACAUUCUCUAUGAGAACCGUGGCAUGAUUGCCUGGGAGCGGCGGGAACGCUGGGCCAGGCAGAUCGUCCACGGUCUUUGUGAGAUCCACGAAGCCGGCUACGUACAAGGAGACUUUACGCUUUCCAAUAUUGUUGUGGAUGCCGAUGACAAUGCCAAAAUCAUUGAUAUCAAUCGCCGGGGCUGUCCGGUAGGAUGGGAACCUCCUGAGAUUGCGGCAAAAAUCGAGAGUAACCAGCGAAUAUCGAUGUAUAUCGGGGUGAAGACGGAUCUGUUUCAGCUGGGCAUGACACUGUGGGCUCUGGCAAUGGAAGAAGAUGAACCAGAACGACAGCCCCGUCCUCUAAUGAUUGGACCGGAUGCACGGGUGCCGGACUACUACCGUAGGUUGGUCUCUAUUUGUUUGAGUGCGUCCCCCCGACACCGGCUGUCGGCCAAGGAACUUCUGGGCUUCUUUCCCCGCAAUAUGUGGAUGACCGAGCAGUCGUUUCCUCCGAUACGUCCUGCCCAGACAGGCCUCGGCGUCGCCUUACAGAAUGGGGCUUUGCCACUGUACGAUCCUCGAGCGGCUUUUCUGUAUCACCACACGCAGCCUGUUGUCAAUGGGGCAUCUUUCGACACUCAAUUAUCGUUGGAUGAUACAUAUUCAUUACAGCAUGAUGGCAGUGACUUUGCUUCUUCUCCAGAUCGAGAACAGUACAUAAUGUCCAGGGAGCAGCAAGCUGGGGUGACUAGGACUGCGGGCCACGAAUUGCUCGAAAGGGAGCCACUACCUGCAGCCCAACACAGAGUGAACGCAGUCACAUACUUACCAGUGGCCAAUGGAGUAUUGCCUCAGACAACUCUGAGAGACUCUCAUGCAGUACACAAUACCGAUCCAAGUUACGUGGAGGACGAGCCUGACUUGGUCGCCAACGCCCAUCCUCCUUAUCGGCGAGGAUCGAUGGACGGUGCAGUUGAUCGGAUACCCGGUGAAGCGAUUCAUUUGCCGAGAGAACAUGCCGGUGCUGGGGGCCACCUACCACCCUCAUUGAAUCGCUAUUCAUCCAACAAUCUCUCGGAAAUGGGAAGGUCCCAGGAAUCUCCGAUGUCAUCAGCAGAUACUCAAUCCACGGAUUUGUGCCCUGCUCACUUGACGGACCUGGGACAGGCCAUGAUUGACGACCAACAUUGGCCGAUGGAAGCGCCGUCGCGUUCUGUUUCCUCACUUCUUCACUCGAUACUACCGAUUAACCCUGCAGCCAAUGUUGCCGACCAGAAAAUGAUAGACUCGGAAGCAGACCGGUUCUCCCAUCUGAGUAUGAAAUCCACCCUGGGAUAUUCUCACCAGGGCCUUCAAGAACCCACGACCUAUUUGAGCGAUUCUCAUUUACCUAUCAACCCAGCAUUUACUGAAAGCGCCAUUGGCGUCCAUAUGACAGGAAGGGAGUGUUGA